AAAGCGUGCAAAUAUGCUCAGCGCGAAAGUCCUGAUCUUCACCGUCGGUGUCCUCGCCGCGGUCGCGGAGGCCGCGGGUACCUGUCCGUCUAUCGAAAACAACGUCGACUACAGUGGCGCCGACAUCGGCAGCGCUCGUAGCUCGUCAGCGAAUGGAUGUUGCUCCAUUUGCUCCAGCACGAAUGGCUGCGGUGCGUUCACUUGGACCAACUACAACGGCGGUACGUGCUGGUUGAAGCAGUCCAAGGGCACUGGAAAUGCCAGUAGCGGCUCCAUCUCGGCCGUUCUCCAGACGUCGUCCUCGUCUGGAACCUGCCCUCCUCUGGAAAACAACGUCGACUACAGCGGUGCUGACGUCGGCAGUGUCCCCAGCUCGUCGGCCAACGGAUGCUGCUCGAUCUGCUCCAAGACGAACGGCUGCGGUGCGUUCACCUGGACGAACUACAACGGCGGUACGUGUUGGCUGAAGCAGUCCAAGGGCACCGUAAAGGCCAGCAGUGGCUCCAUCUCCGGUGUGGUGCAGUCGUCGUCCUCCUCAUCGGCCACUUGUCCGUCUCUGGAGAACAACGUCGACUACAGCGGCGCUGACGUCGGCAGUGCUCCCAGCGCCAACGCUAAUGGGUGCUGCAACAUCUGCUCCAACAACAACGCCUGCGGUGCGUUCACCUGGACCAACUACAACGGCGGCACUUGCUGGCUCAAGAGCUCCAAGGGCAGCGCCAAGUCCAGCCCCGGCUCUAUCUCGAGCUCUGUCCAGAAGUCCAACACUGGCGGCAACACCGGUGGCGGCUGGAAGAUGUCGCCCGUCAAGGUCGUCCAAGCCCGUGUCCAGGGUGACGCGCCUGUGUGGCACCCGGAAGUGGGUCUGUGGCUGUCCAAGUUCGGCACCAACGCGGAGCAGAACUACGUCAACAACCUGGACACCGUCAACACGGCGUCCGUUGAAGGCGCGCUCAUGUACGUGCAGGCCGAGGGCAUCAACGUGAACGAGCAGUCGGUCAAGUGCCGGCGUAAGAACAACAUGCAGUACGUCGUCUUCUACGAGAUGACCAUCGUCCAGCCGACCAACAGCAUCAAGUACUACGAGAACCACUCUCCUCCGGAGUACGGUGACUUCGUCGCUAUGGACGGUGCCAAGUGCACGAACGCCGGCGCGGAUAUCCCCAAGAGCUGCAAGGUGUACUACGGACUGGACGGUACCAAGGACAUCGGUCCGAACGUCGGGUGCAACCCGCAAGGGUCCGACCCGCGUGCGCCGUACCCGAACAACUACUGGUGCUCGUUCCCCAACUCGUGCGCUCAGAAGUACCGUGCGGACAAGACGAACGAGUGCAGAGCUCAGUACGACGGCGGUCUGUGCCCCAUGGGCGUCCAGCCUGAUGGCGUCAAGUGCACGUACAACUACAAGAUUCUGGGCUACCUGAACAUCGACGACCUGGUCGGUAUCACGAAGAUGGGCUUCCAGACCUACCAGCAGUUCUGCCAGAGCGGCGGUAUUGAGUUCAAGGCUAGAAACACUGGCCGUGGCUUCGAGGUCGAGCAGUGCAUUGACUUCUGGAAGAACCCGGGAGACCAGAACGCCAACGCUAACCGUGCCGCCCAAAUGGUGACCACGUACAACCAACUGAUCAGCAGUGGCAGGAGCCCCAACAUGAGUCCUCUGCCUUCGGUUGAGAGUAUGUCUGCGUCCAACCCCAAGUGCUACCAGAACAGUGCCGUGUGCGCGCGUGCCAGUUCGGAUGCAAGCGCUCGCUCUUCUCGCAGAUCUGCUCCGUGUGCUCGGGUCCGGAUGCUGGAUGUGAGAAGGCUCCGGCUGGCUACUCGUUCUCAACCUGACGCUACCUCUAGAAACUAAGCGUGCCCAGAUGACAUCUUCGACGUGCAAUUCACACCGCGUCUUGUUCAUAGGGAUUUUAAAACUUUGUAGAUGCUCCAAUGACUGCUAACAAAACAGUACGUACGUUAAGA